AUGGAUGUGGAGGCCCUGGUCCCGGAAAUCGCCCGCCUGCUGGAUGACACACUUGCCCCGGAGGAGAGGCUCAUCUCGUCGGCGACGGAGGGCCUCGUCCGCCUCUCGGGAGCGCCGGGUUUCGGCCCGGCCCUCAUUGCUGUAGCUACAGGUGCGGGAAAGCUUGUUUCUCAGCUUCUGCAAAUCGUCUGGCAACAUUCUUAUUACCAUCAAUAAGUCGAAAAUAGGAACUGGAAUUUUUUAUGAGGCAAUUCGUGUUUGUUUGUUUGACUGGAGGUGUCUAAUUGCAGAGGCGACUUGCCAUUUUGAUGUUCUUUUGGGGAUUUUUUUGGUAUCAAUGCUAUAAUGUGUACGUGCAGGGGGUGAGAGCGACGGGCAGAGGAUAGCGGCGGCAACUUAUCUAAAGAACUUCACAAAACGUUUGAUGGGGAGUGACAAUUUACCUCCUGAAGCUCAUUGUAAGUUCAGGAAUCAGCUUGUCCAGGCAGUGCUUCAAAGUGAACCUGCGGUUCUAAAGGUUUUGGUUGAGGCUGUACGUAUCUGUGAUCCAACACUACGAGUAUUCUGUCGUGUCCAGCCGGAAAUAAGUAUUCUGGGGUUUUGAAACUACGAAGCAUCAUUUCAGAUUGUGGUUGCUUUUAGAGACUAACUUUAUCCCAUUUGAUGUUGCCUGUAGUAUUUUCACAUUUCCUCUUUAUUUGAUUUCUGGUCUGCUAUCAUUCGAUUCAACUGGAAAUGGUUGUCUGAUAUUCAAUUCUUUAUCUAGAUUUAUCAUCGUUGAAUCUUUAUCAAUUUGUAUUUUUUUUGGAUACCUUUUCAUUCUCUCCUUUCAAUGUCGAAGUUGGGUGAAUUUUAAUAUUUUGGGUGAAGUUGAAUAUUUAAAUCCAUAUCUUUUCCGCCACUUUGCAAAGAAUGACUUCAUUCAUUGAAAUGUGAUUUUGCAGUUACAUUUUGUUGUUGUCAAGGACUUUGUCGAGAAAAAUAUAUGGCCAGAACUUGUGCCCGAACUGAAGAUUGUCGUCCAGAAAAGUAACUUUAUUAGUGCCUGUGAUUCUGAAUGGAAGAGCAUAAAUACACUUGCAAUUCUUAAAUCCAUUGUCAAGCCCUUCCAGGUGUGCUCUCAGAAACUGUGAUCUCCUCAUUGUCUUUCUAGUUGAUUUUCCUUUAUUAUCUGCUCAAGGAAACUACAUUUUCACUAGAUAACUUAUUAUUAUGCUUUUGCCUUCAACUUGCCAUUUUGAUAAUCUGCUGUUGUUGAGGUUUGUGCUUUGUUAUACGCCCUCAGUUUCUCGUGUGGUAUGCCAAUACUGGGGGCCCAUUAAUUUUAAUCUUCAAAUGUGUAUUAUAUAUUCUUGUGGGUCAUCUUAUUGAUAGCAUAUUGGCAGUGAUUGAGAUUUAUAUUCAGUUGUUGACGCUAUUUAGUUGGUUUAAACUUGUUUAGAUUUCAGUAGCUUAUAUAGCUGUUUAUUAUUUCCUUCCAUAGCCAUUUGGAGAUUUGGAGGCUUUUAUGAUAAGUCGAUUAUUGACUCAUUUGAGGUAUACAUUUAUUUUAUUUUAAAAUGUAAAUUUGAAGAACUAGACUACUUUCAUUUAUUUAGUGGGGAAAAGUUUGAUCUUGCCAAUGCUCACUGUAUAAAGUUUGUGGGCAGAGAAGAUAAAUGACAAUGGUUGGCAUAUUUAUUCUGAUUCUAUGAUCUUUUUUCUUGGAGUAGAUUAGGAUAAAACUUCCAACAUUUUUCAAUUUGUUAUUUAUGCGGCAUCCUGUGAUGUAGUUGCUUCUCUGGACGGUUUUCUUUUCUCAAACUUAACAUGUCAAUGUCCGGUAUACUCCGUUAAACAAUUAUUUUUGUUCGUUUCUUUCAAUGGUGAAACUUUUUAAGACAAGUAGAAACUUACUGUGCUGCUGAAAUCUUUCAGUACUUUCUGAAUCCAAGACUUCCUAAGGAGCCAGUGCCCCCACAGUUGGAACUUAUAACGAAGGAAAUACUUGUGCCACUGCAAGCACCAUUUUGUUAUUUCAUUGAUAAGGUUGAAGAGGGGAGGAAAUAUCCUUGUUUUUCGCUUGUUUUAUUUCCUUUAUUCACUGUUUUGGCUACAUCAACAAUGUGCUUGACAGGCUGUAUCAUUCCAAGGAGACAGUGGCCAGGAAAUUGAUCAAAUUAUUCUCACCAUAUGCAAGUGCUUGUAUUUCACUGUAAGGUUCCUCCAAUUAUUUGUCUCUUUGCUAUCUGUAUAUAUAUAUAUUUUGUUUUGCAAAGUAAAGACUCCAGUAGCUCUCGCAGGUUGCUCUCACUGGCAAUAUUUGAUGAUAUAUCGCGUACUCUGUUUUUUCCAUGAAGGAACAAGACAAAAAGUCACUGAGGCUCAAAUGGUUAGGAUGGAAAUGUUGAUACGAAAUUGAGGAAAAUGAUGGAACAUUGAAUGUGCUGAAAUUAUUGAUAAAGGAUUAUAUUUUUUGCAUAAUAGAAGUGUCAUUUAUUUAACUUAAUAUUUCGAUUUUUGAGGGUUAUUUUAUGCAAUAAAUAUUUUCAGUUAAGUACGUUAAAUUAGAACAUUGAUAAGUUUUUGUUUGUAACGUCGAUAAAUAUUCAUAAGUUUUGAAAGGAGUUAGGUAACCUGGGGCUCCUAACAGCUCAGCCCAGGUUUUUGCUUGCCAGGGGUAUUAAAAUCAACCUCAAAAAGAAAAUAAGCCUGUACUGACCUGGCCUCGGGUUUGAUAGGGCUAGGUUUAGAAGCAUGAAUCUUUUUUCUCUUGCCAUGUGGAUGUCCCACGAUUACCCACAUGGCAACCCAUAUCUCUCUCACCCCCUUCUUCCUUCUUCUCUCUCCUUCUCUCUUAUAAGUACUUGUGGAGGGAACAUUCUGUGCUUUUCUGGUUUCAUCUCGCCUUGAUAAUGGCCUGUUCUGCUCCAUUGGCCCCCCCUUAUAUUCAUGUCAGUAAACUUUCCAAAGAACUUUCUGUAUAUUUUUGAUGACAUGUUAUGGUUUAGACCAAAAUGGCGUAGACCAUUUUAAGAUUUAAACCAUGCUAAAAUUGAGGAACAGUGUACUUAUGGAGAGGCUCUUAGUUCACCAUCUCAGUCCAGCAAAGAGGGUAAUGACCACCUUUUCUGGCAAAGUUCUAUGCUGCUGAAAAUUUUCACUCUUCCUUUUGUCUAAAAUACCUAAAAAACUUGCAUUGUGGAUAGGCUAUUAAACUUUUUGAUCAGCCACAAAUAUUCACUCUAUUACCCCAUUACCCCAAGUAGAUUGCACUGUAUUCCAGUCUUCUGUAAACUGUCUAAACUUUGUCAGCAAAAAUAGGCUUUAACCAAACAAGUAAUGUAGUGACAGCUCAUUCUCUCUAGAUACAUUAAGUGAGUAGAUCAACCGUUUGUAGUUUCUUGUUUAAACAUAUCCACUUCACAAUUCUCAUAUUCAAUGGAGAAGCCAAAUCACAUAUGGGAGAAAUAUAUAGAUCUUCCUACCAUUCUCAUAGUCCAUUGCAGAUGGAACAUGCCCAUUCUUGUUCCAUACAUAGUUAUCUAUUUUUUUCCAGACUGACAAGACUUUCCUGUCAAACUUUGGAUAUAUAGUAAGCAUGGUAGUCAUAAUCCUAAUAGUAAAUGAGCUAUCCAUUAACCAGUGAUUGGGCAUUUUAUACCAAUACUUAAUACUUGAUUAAAAUCUUAAUCAAGGAUAUAAAACCGCUAUCAGUUUGAGUCACGGCUGUCUGAUCCAGGCUUAUAAUAGUCAUAAAUCGUCCUUUUAUGUAUGGAUAUAAGUUUGAUCCUGGCUUAGAAUAGGCACGAACUUUCCCUGUAUGAUUGUGUACGAGUUUGAUCCUGACCUAGAACAGGUAUGGAUCAUCUAUGAAUGAAUGUAUACAAGUUUGAUCCUUGAUCAGAUAACCUAAUCUUGGUCAGCCAAUGUCUUGAAGGAUGGAUCAGGGGAAUACAGACAGGAGAGUGCUAUUUUAAAUGUUCAGACCAAUUGAUAAUUCGCAAUUCUAGUUUUAUUUAGGCAUGCUGUGUUCAAUACGCUCUUCUGAUCUUCAGGUCCAAAAUAACCUGUGCCAGUACACUUACUAUUUUUCCCUUUGCUCACAUUCAAAUGUUGGUGUCGGCUGAUUCUAGGAAACUCAUUUUUAAGUAGCCUAACCGUCCUCAUUUGAAUUGACUUCUACUUUUUGACCGUGGUAUGUUAGUAUUAGUCAAUUUCUAUCAUGCCCCAAUGGUUUGACGGGGUAGGAGUGGGGCUUAUAUAAUUGAGUAGCAAGGAGAGAAAAAGUUCCUUGACAUAUGGACGAAACAUGUUUUGAUAUUUCGAGGUAAGACAUAAAAAAUGAUUUUAUUUAUAACCUUUUUUUACUGUGAUUUCAUACAUGUGUCUGUGUGUCCGUACAGAUAAAAGAAUAGCAUGUUUCUUGAGCUUGAUAAUAGAUUAUAUUGCAGUUAGAAGGCCUUCUUAUAUAAUGUCUUCUGUUUUGAUUUUGUCUAACACCAUGUUACUGCCUUCUGUUCAUGUGGAUAUUCGAUGAAGCUUAACAUCAUAACUGCGAGGUAUCUGUUAUCUUUCUGAUUGAAGCAUAUUGUCAUGCUGCUAGCUACGAGAUUCAUCUUCAACCUUUCAUUUUCUUGAAAAUAUAUUAGAUCACCAUGGGGACACUUUAAAAUGAGUCAUGCUUACCAUUCCAUGAUUCACACAAAGCCUUCAAUGACUUAUCGGCUGCCUUGCUUGAGUAAUAAUUUCACAAAAAUGGAGACGAACCGGACAUUUUUGUUGAGAUCGGGUUUAAUAGUUUCAAGUUACGUGCACAAGAGUCUAUUUUUUCUGUGAAAUUUUUGAUGCACUUAGUCUAAAAAUAAUGUCUUGCAGGUGAGAUCAUAUAUGCCAUCAGCAUUUAUCCCAAUUUUACCUUCAUCUUGUCGGGGGCUAUUCAAAAUUUUGGAUUCUAUGGACUUUUCUAAUAAGAAGUCGGGAGAUGCACAUGUUCUAAGGUUGAAAGCUGGAAAGAGGAGCUUAAUUAUUCUCUGUACUUUGGUGACAAGGCAUCGGAAGCAUUCUGACAAGUAACCUGUUGUUUUGUAUUAAGCUUUCAUUUCAUUGUGGUAUGUCCUUGUAUCUUGAAUUCAUUUACAAAAAAUGUCUUCGUUCCUAGGUUGAUGCCAUAUAUCAUUAACUCGGCUUUCAAAAUAGCAAGGCAUAGUGCUAAUAUUAAUGUAAGUUUUUCCUUUUGGUUGCCCUUCUCAUGUCUCUCACAGUGGAUUAAAUAGUGCCAUCUUUUAAGCAUAAGGGCUAAUUUCAAAUCAAGGGUCAUGUUGUUAUAUGUAAUAAUACUACUUUGUUGAAUAGAAAUAUCCACAUUCUGACAAAUAGGUUACAUAGGAAGUUUGACACUGCUAUUUUGAAUCUAGUCUGUUCAUGAUAUUUGAUUUGUGUGCCUAACCUUUAACUUUAGCCGCUCGUUUUGAUUUAGUCCCAGACUCAAUUAUUCUUUCAUCCUGGAUUAUAUCCAUCUACCAAAUGAACAUUUUCUAUAUUGAGAAUCAAUAGCUGUGAAGACAACCUCAUAAGCUCUGGUCUGUUGGGAGAGCCAUCCUCCCUAUACUAAAGAUCGACAUGGCUUUUCAAACUGCUGAUUUGUUUCCAUUGGUAGUGGAUGAAGAAGAUAGACUGCAAUUUUUGUAAGUUUAACAGCCACUGUCAUGCUUCCCAUGUUGUCUAUCUUCAAGCAGCUGUACUCCCUAGUGAAUCAACAUGGGACAUAGCAGUUCUUAGCCUACCUGUGUUUUCAGGAGUAAUCAAAUGUCUCAUCGCCAUCUUAAACUGAAACGAAAAUCUUCAGCUCCUUUGAUCCGUCUACUUUGCUACUAAUGUUAGCCAAUAGAUGUAAAAGUCUGCAGCCUGCAUGAACAUAAACUGAUCAUAUGACGUUUUCUGAUUUUACCUGGGUGUAUGAAGCCACCUGCCUGUCCACAUCUAACCUCCAACAAGCAUUGAUACCUUCAUCGCAACCAGGUUGUUGGGAUUUCUGUUUCAAUGUUCUUUUACCCUUUAUUUGAGCUGACACUGACUUAACACCAAGAAGCAGAAGCACCCACGAUCCACCCUUGGCACCUUGGUUUGCGCUUUAAUUAGUCAGUUCAACAUAAUCUCUCGCAGUGACUGAGCAAUGGGAUGCGAUCAAUCCUCUCUCUACAGGAAACUUUUUUAGAUAAUUUUUCUUAAAAAAAAUAAAUGUAAGGUCAUAUCGGCAUAUUUUAGGCUUCUGUGAUAGUAGUUAACUCAGGGCUUCAACCCAAAUGGAAACAAAUAGAGGAAUUAGACAAGUUUUAUUUUAUUGAAAAAGGUGAUUUUCGCUGAAAUCCUGGUGCUCCAUGAGAAACGGGCAACUAUCAUUUUCUUCUACAGUGCAUUGUAGUGUUACCCAACUUAGCUUUAAGGUUUGUGAACAUUUGGUGUUAUUUCAGUGGAGUUUACUGGGUCAUCAUUUAUAUUAAAAGCUUGUGAAACACAACUAUAGUCAAGAAAACAUUUUUAGUUUUUCUUUGCAUCAUAGUUCUUCUAAGUUUGGGAUUUCAUUUCUUCAUCUAGUAUUGCACCUUUUAGCUUUUGAUUUUUGUACACCAUUAUUUCUAUCGUUGCCUAAAUUGCCACCAGUGGUUUUGCAGAAGAUGGAUUCCUUGUCAGAGAGAAUUGUUUCAUUAGCCUUAGACGUAAUUUCGAAUGUUUUGGAGACGGGUCCAGUAAGUUCAACUUUCCUUUUUCUUUUGAUCUGGGAUAGUACCUUUUAUUAUUUGGAAGGUGAUCGAUGCAAAAUUCUGUAAAGUGUAACGAUAAAGACUUCAAAGUGAUAACUACUUUAAUGUGUGCAUCUCGAUAGGUUCCCUUUUUCAGAAAUUCUCACAUGUACCAUAGCUGAAUACCAGGCCUUUCCAAAAAACGUUAAAAAUAUUCUUUGCUCUAGAAGCAAAAAUGCUGGGAGCAUCUGAUUCAACUCAUCAGCUGUCCCUUCAGCCUAUCAAGGAAAGAUUUCAAUGAGACACGUCUCUAAUUUUCUGGUCUGCAGUCUUCUAUAUUCCUUUGAGCCUUUUGGUUGCCUUUUGUCAAACACUUGGAGCAUCAGUAAGCGGACAUUAUCAUGAAUACUCAUUAUAUUCCUGAAAUCUUUCUUCUAUCCGUUUCCAAUUUCGUGAUAACCCCCAGCUGCAGAUCAGGGAAGGUUCUGAUUUUGGCAAUCUUGUGGCUUACACCUCCGUUGGAAGCCAUCCCCCCUUUCAAUGUUUCAUGUUUUCCCUGUCUUUCUGCCAGUCGAGGUGUACGAGAUGCUGAUAUGGUUCGUGUAAGAUGCUUUAGCAGGUUGCUGAAGCCGUCUCAUGUUGUCCUGAGAUCCCCUUUCCCUCGUUCUCUCCAGCUGCUCACCAGAAGUCUCGUACAUGUCUGUGAAAUCAUUCAGUGUGCGUUGCAACUGCCAAUCGUCUUAUAACUUUGUCCGCAUGCAAUUUAAGUCAUAGCUCACUAGUCAGACUAACAUCUCUGCUCACGAAAGAUUGGAUGGGAUUCCAUCCCUUUUGAUUCGUGUUAUGUUGAACAAUUUUUCAUUCCCUUUCUUUAUAUUUUACUGCUCCAUGACCACAUUUUUAAUUUCCAUGUUUGCUUUCUUGAUCUAGAAGAGUUCUACCCCACCUGUCUACAUGGAAAUGUCUGAAAAAUUCUAUUUCACUUUCCACACUAUCCGUACCGUUUAAACUUCACCACUCUUAUUCUGUCGACACUUGCUUUUUUUGCUGGUCUAAACACGUAUAGCUUAUCUAGAUGCAAGCCAUUAUCUAUUACCAACUUCCAUACCCAGAUAAUGCAGUUGGAGCAUCUCCAUUAUUGUGCGAUUUGAAAACAGUCCUCAUAUUGUUGCAUAAGAUACGUUUCCAAUUGUUUGCAUAAGAAAAGCAUUGAUCACGUCUUUGCCAUUGAUGAUCAAGAUAGCUAGGGCUUGGACCUUAUUGUGCCUUCCCUGGAGGCUUAGCUCUUGCUCUUUCUCUUCACACUAAGGGCCUUCUCUCUGCUGGUGGGUUUUUUAUUUCUGUAGUGCAUUCUCUUCUUCAAUACUCGAGUUAAUCAACCCGCCAACCAUGCACUUGCUGUCCAUAGAAUCAGCAAUGAACUUCUCCCUUCCAUUCAUCUACUUAUUCGUAUACAAGCCUUCUCCAUUGGCAUUCCAUAUAGUUUCUUGGAAAUAGCACCUUCAUACCCUGCUCUGUGAACUGUUUAUAGCAUGUACUGAUAAGUUGUUAAUGAUUCAUUUCCUUCUUACUGAAACAAUAAUUUCCAUCUGUCCUUCCAAUUUCUUCGUGAUUUGUGACCAGUCUUCUUAACUCAUUCUUUUCUCACCCUGUAAUACUCACGCAUUUAUCAAGAUCACACUGAGGAAUUGGAAACAUCUCUUUUCCAUUUCCAUUUACCCAGUUCAUAUCUUUGUUUCGUGUGUUCCCGGGAGGAAUUCCAUCUCUUCAAUCUCGGGAUACUAAAGUAAGGCCAGAUAGUUAUUCAAAAAUUACUGAGUACGAACGCACAUCAGGCCGUCGGGUAGCUGCUCAUCAUUUCAAAGUCUAUAUCUGUGGUUCAAGAAAUGGAAUUGCUAUUUACGAUUCAGACAAGACACUGAUUUGUUUAUAGGAUCUCCCAUUCGUUAAAAAGGCCGUUCCUUCUUUUUAAAGACCAAUCAUUUAUUUAAAGAUGAGAUAAUGGAACAAAUGGCGACUAACUGUAUCAAUGAUUCUCAAUGGAGGAUCGGUAGUUUUUUGACCAAUUGUUCAAGUCCAAAAAAAAUCCGUUGGAGAAACAAGAAGAUCAAUUUCGGGUCGAACCAACAACCAGAUUGUGUUGUUAUUAUGGAUGCAGAUAGAAAGUCUUCAGUCAUACAGGAAGCUGAUCGAUCACAAAUACCUAUUGCAUCUUCAGUGGAUUCUACGAACCCAUUUGUAGUCUUUAGAGGGUCCUUCUCACGAAUCGUAAGCCACUUUUUCCGUUUCACCCUAAAGGAUCCCGAUCUCUCGAAUCCUGAUCCCUCUGCAUGUGAAUAGGUUAUUUCAUCAGUAUCAAUGUUUUCAUCCUAUGAAUCAUAGGCGGCCUAAGUCAUAAGUCAAUAUCUGAAUUUUGUAUAAAUUUAUCUGAGUUAUGUAAUAUCUGUGUUGAUGGAUGAUGUCUACAGGGAUGGAGGUUAGUUUCGCCCCAUUUUUCAACACUACUGGAGUCUGCAAUCUUCCCUGCAUUAGUGUUGAAUGAGAAGGUGAACUUUGCCGCAUCUUCUUUAAAAUAGGCUUAUUAUAUUACUUCGGAGAAGUCUCUCAGAAUUUGGGAAAGAAUAUUGUUUAUGCUCGUGGGUUAAGAAUGUCGUAACUCGGCAAACUCACUAUGGGCAACAGCGUCGCCUGUUUUUCUAUGAUGCUGAGAGUCUCUGACAUUUUGAUUUUGGGACCAGGUAAACCUUGAAUACAUCAAUCCUCUUGCUGAAAAUUGAUUUUUAAGCUCGGAGGAGCAGAUCAAAGGGAUGACUGGUUGACAGUUGUGGUAAUGAUGGACAGUGGGCUUCAACAUGUAGGUGCCUAUGACUGCAAUUGAUAGCAUGUUGCUGGUGGUCGAUGGACAGUAGUGGUAGGAUGUAGUGUGUUGUGGUAAGUUAAUAGAAUAGUGAUGUUUCUAAGUAACGGCGAUAGUCACAAUGUCUAGUGGACGGUGGUGUGUAGUGAUGGUAGUAGGUGAUACUUUGAUGAUGAUAAUGGGUGAAAAUCAUACGAUUUCUUUUCGUCUUCUACAUCUAUGAUGAUUCUAGGUGAGUUUGUCGAUUCAAAACAUUUUUUUACUCUUCUUCUGGUUUAAAUUUUAUGUUAUUAAAAUAGGAAAUAAAAUUGUCAGUUCGUUUAUUGUGUCAUCAGACACAACCCGAGUCAGCUAAGUUGAUGCAAUCAGCGACAAUGUCAUCAAAUUUUGCUGUGUUUUACCAAGUCUGGGUCAGGUUGUUUACAUUAUUUUCACCCGUGUGGGUGAACAUUUAUGUCAUAGUGGUGUAAAAAGUUAACAAGAGAAAAUAGAGACGGUGAGAGCUCUGCUGCUGUUGCAGACCCACAGCACCAGCACCAAUAGAAGAACUGCCGCGAAUGUGGGAAAAAAAAAACUCCACGCUCUGACCUAUGCUCCCCAGACAUGCUACAAUCUGAACUUGCUGCAGCACUAUGCUAAUUCUUGUGCUUGCUUUUUCUUCCUUUUUAUCUUUCCUUUUUCUUUCUUGUUCUUAUAUCUCAUCCUCUCAUUCGCUUCCGUGCAAAGUAAGAACGAAGAAUUAAAAGAGGUCGUAAUACCACGAGAAUAGAAUACUACUUUGAGAGUAUAUCUUCAAGACCUAUGAGUAACUGUCACUCGGAAUUUCGCACCUUAUCUGACAUAAUAAAUAGAUAUUGAAUUUCAAGCUAAUGUACUGUGACAAACCUGCUCGUGAUUCUAGUUCUGUACCAUACAAUUUAUGACACCAUUUACACCUUUUACAUCGUGAAUUGUAACUUUUGAGUGCCAUGCAUUGGUCAUAUUGAGAUUUCCAACUGUUUCAGGGUUAGCAUUCUUUUAUGCUCUGUCAAGGAGUUUCAAUUUUUUUAUUUUUUAUUUUAAGGAUAUAUCUGAAUGGGAAGAGGACCAUGAAGAAUACAUGAGGAAGAAUCAUCCAUCUGAUCUUGUAUGUAUCUUUGCUUCAUUGCCACAUAUUCUGCAGCCAAGUUUUUCUGUCUGUUGAUCUACUUGAAUUUCCUUUGAUAUGUAUGGAUGGAUAUACCUUGCAGGAAAUUUCAGCUUGGACAGAGGAUUUGUUUACUGCUAGAAAAAGUGCAGUGAACUUGCUCGGUGUCAUGGCAUUGUCAAAGGUUAGAUUUCCCCUAACAAGUGAGUUUCUAAUUGUUUAGAAAGUAUAAUGGUAUUGCACGCCAUGGUUGGCAUCUGUUGUAAAGGUCAGUUUUGCCUUUCUGUAUCUCAGGGUCCACCAAUGGUUUCCACUGGUAAUGAUUCCGCUGCUUCAAUAAAACGCAAGAAAGGGGAGAAGAAUAAAAGAAAAGAUAAGCGUUCCUCUGUGGGAGAGUUACUGAUUAUACCAUUUUUAUCCAAGUUUCCUCUUCCAUCAACUGCCCUUGGCGUGCAAAGUUCAUACGAGUGAGUUUCAGUGGAGCUAAUGAUUCGUUUCCUAGCUAGGAACUGUGGCUACAACUUCAAUGUCUUGGAAACGAAUGAAUAAAUAAAAAAGUAUCAAAUUUUCUUUUGGGAAUUCACUGUAUGUUAACUUUAAAAUGAAGUUUCUAAUGUGUGCAGUUAUUAUGGAGUUUUGAUGGCAUAUGGGGGCCUUCAGGAUGUAAGGAACAAUUUUAUUUCUUAUGGGACUAUUUUCGCUUAGAUGAUGCUGGAAAACAAUUGCUGAGCACUGACUCAAUGUUGGGAAACUGCAGUUCUUGAAGGAGAGAAAUCCGGCAUAUACAACGAGCUUGAUCCAAAAGCGCAUCCUGCCACUAUAUUCGUUAUCUGGUUGCCUUCCUUAUUUAAUAGCUACAGCAAAUUGGGUUAUUGGUGAGCUUGCAUCAUGCUUACCGCAGGUUUCUUCUCUCACUUUCUCAACGGCAUUUUUCUCCAUAAUAGCUACAGAAAUACUACUGCAUUUUCUCUCACUUUUUUUUCCAUACGAAGACUGGCCUUGUGAAUUCUAGGAAUAUUGUCAGUGCCGCUGUUAGUUAAACUCUUUUUAGAAAUAAAAUCAUCUCUGAUCGAGGAUGUAGUGGUUUAGAUCAUCUAUGAGUAAACAUGAAAAUUAGUAAAAAGAGGAAAAUUUUCUCAUCUACUUUGGCAACUUGCUAUAUUCUUUAUUUAGAUAUAGAUCAUUAUAAGCCAAUAAAUGUGUACUAAUUUGUCCGAAGUUUAGCAUUCUAAAAUCUAUUAGCCUUGAUAAUGGAUGAACUGCAGUGGCAUAGCUUACUAAUGGCAGUAUUUUCACGUAUGGUUGGAUAUUUUUCAGGAGAUGAAUGACGACAUUUAUAAUUCGUUGGCCAAGGCAUUGGUCAUGCCAGAUCAAGAAGAUUGUUCUUAUUAUCCAGUGCGUGCUUCAUCUGCUGGGGCCAUCGCACAGAUGCUCGAGGUAAGAAAUGUCAUACUAAUCAUUCGGACUGGACUGUGCCUAUUGUUUUGUAUCAUCUAACCAUACCUCUUGGCAUAAUGAUUAUCUUCCACUUGACUGGUUCCCUCUCUUAGAAGUCCUGGCCACAAGGCUGCAUGUGGCAGAUGAAAAUGAGGCCUCCUUAUUAUUUCAACUUCUAAGCACAAUUGUCGGAGUCGGUCAACAACAUGUUUCUAUCCACAUCCCUAUGAUUGUGUCAAUCAUUGUCGGCACUCUUCUAAAGCACUUGGUUCCUACUCUUGAGCCAUGGCCGCAGGUACUCGCCAUUUUUCAUGUGUUCUGUAUUUCUGACCGCUUUUACCAUUUCAUGACUUUGAGAUCGUAGUUUCAGCGGAUCAGAAAGUUUUAGCGAGUGAGAAUCAAGAACAAUUUUUCACCGAUUUGUAACAUGAUGCUAGUUUUUCUUGUUAGAUAGUUGAGCAUGGAUUCGCUAGCUUAGCUGUGAUUGCACAAACUUGGGAGGACUACGCGCUCGAUGAAGCCAAUCAAGACAAACUAAACGAAGCGCAGCUUGGUUGCGCUACCAUCGCUACAUCCUUCUCAAACUUGUUACAAAAGGCUUGGCUGACACCAUUACAAGCAAAGGUUCGCCCUUGUGCAGCUUUCCAUCCUCUGAAUAAAUUAAAUUAUUUUAUUGAUUAAAUGCGUAAGACAAGGCCAGGACAGCAUGGUUCUUGUAAGUCUGGUCGUGUGGCGCGCCAAAUAGGGUGAUGUGUUUUAUUAGAUGGAGAUGGGCGAGAGCCAGCCGGGGGAAGAGGUGCUGGAAAGCCAGAUGAGCCAGAGAGCAUGGCUGAAAUGGGAAAGAGCGUGUUGUGGGAUCAACCGAUAUGAGCCCAAUAUGAGCCCAAACCCUGGCAGAAAUCUCCCUGAGCCUCCAACUUCUUGGAUCCUAAGAUUGGAGAGAACUUAACCAGGCCAAUCCGACCUGCAGGCCAACCCGGCCCAUUGACACCUACCCUAUUUGCUUUACUAUUUUCUUCUUCCUCUCACUUGUUCAGGUUGGCGAGCAUUCCGGCAAUCUGCCACCUCCGUCGUGCAUAGACGACACGUCUGCAUUGCUGGGCUUCAUCUUCCGCUCUAUUCAAGCAAUGAAAGAUGUGGGAGAGCUGAGAAUUGCUGAUUUAUUGGUAGUCUGGGCGAGCCUCAUUGCAGAAUAUGAUGCGUGGGAAGAACUGGAGGACUUCAAAAUCUUCAGCUCCAUCAAGGAAGCCGUCCUUGUGCACAAGAAGCACGAGGACCAGAGUUUCUUCAUGAGGACGAUGCCUCCGCAUGCUCUGCCUUCUACUGCCCCGCGCUCAGUCAUCGAGGGCAUCGGGGCCUUUGUCAGCAGGGCUAUCGCUGCCUACCCAUCUGCAACGAGGAGGGCCUGCUCAUCUGUGCACCUACUGCUACACGUCCCAAGAUUCUCUCUGGAGAGUGAGAGCAUCAAGCGGGCGUUGGCUCUCUCCUUCGCCAAAGCAGCGUUUUCUUUCUUUGUGAGCAUCCGCGACAAGUCCCCCUCAUUAUGGAAGCCUCUGCUGCUGGCGGUUUCUUCGUGCUACUUGUGCUAUCCAGAUACUGUUGAAGAAGCUCUACAGGGCACUGAGGAGAAUGGCUAUAUUGCCUGGGCCGGUGCCUUGGCGCACAUGUCGAAUAGCUCGUUUGAGCUUGGCCUGGCCUCAGAGUCCGAGCUGAAGCUAGCUGGUGAGCUCCCCUCUCUCUCUCUCUCUCUCUCUCUCUCUCUCUCUCUGUUGCUUGCAGACCUUCUGAGUGACUACUGCGCGGCAUGUCCAGUGGUCGCUCUGACCAAGGUGGUUGAGAGAUUACUGCGGUCUGGUCUGGAUAUGGGCACUGCUGUGCUGCGGGACUGCUUUGUCUCGCUGAUGGAGGCAUCAGUGAGGCUGAAAGAAACUCAGGAAGAAGGUGGCGAUGACGAUGACGAUGACGAUGACGACCAGGAGGAAGGCGAUGACUAUUCAAGUGAAGACAUUGACGAGGUGAGCAUAAUAUUUUCAUUGCUUACAUAUAUAGUAAUUUUGCAUUUAGUGACAAAAAUUUUGAGCUGAAACAGGACUCUGAGGACGACGAGCAUGAGGAGACCGAGGAAGAGUUCUUGGACAGAUAUGCAAAGGCGGCCGCUGCGGUUGAGAGUGAGGUGCUUGAAGAAGGUGAUGCAGAAGAUGAAGCCCAAGAGCUUGAGCUGGGUAAAUCUUCUGACUCGACAAAUUAUUUACUUCCUCGGGUGAUUUCCAUUUUUUUUUUCCAGUAGCUUUAUUUUUCUUGAUCCGUACGGAUUGCCAAGAAAUCUUGUGCUAGUAGUCGAUAAAAGGAGCGAUCUUGUUCAUAUGGUGGGUAAUAUUUUGAUACUUGAAUGUCGUCCCCUCUGUGUUUUUUUUUUUUUUUGUUGGGUUACCCAUUCAAGAUGAUUUUUCUAGUUAUAGUAAGUUGUUGGUUAUAAUCCUCAGUGGCGGGUGGAUUUUGUUGUAGGUGCCCUGGGUGGAUUGGAUGUGGAGAGAGAGGUCUUCUCCCUGGUUGAGAGGAACCAGCAGGUGUUGGUCCCGGCGCAGCGCCUCUUGCCUCCCCAGCUUAUCGCCGGAGUCUUGAACACCUUCCCCGAAUACGGUUUGUACCUGCGUGAGAACUCCAUGUGA